ACAAUGAGUGAUUAAGGGAAUGAGUAAGUAACAUCGUGACGAUGGUGGUGGAGUCGUCGUCGUCUCCGAUCAUACCUGGCUUGACGGAUGACGUGGCAGAGCUCUGUGUCUCGAAAAUCCCGAGGUCUAGCUUUCAGAUCACUUCUCAGGUGUGCCGGCGAUGGAGGUCAUUCCUCAGGAGCCAGCAUUUUGCAGCUGUUCGAAAGUUGACCGGAACGGUGGAGGAGUUCCUGUGUGUUCUAAUGGAAAGCGAGUGUGGAAGAGACGUGUACUGGGAAGUUUUUGACGCCUCCGGGAACAAGUUAGGCCAGAUCCCUCCUGUCCCUGGGCCCUUGAAGCGCGGUUUCGGCGUUGCAGUGCUUGAUGGCGGGAAGAUUGUGUUCUUCGGAGGAUAUACGGAGGUGGAAGGCUCUGGCAUCAAUAGCACCACUGUCUCUGCCUCUGCUGAUGUUUACGAGUUUGAUCCUGCUAAUAACAGCUGGAGAAAACUUGCGGGAAUGAACAUACCACGUUACAACUUUGCAUUUGCUGAAGUGAACGGUCUUUUGUAUGUGAUUAGAGGCUAUUCCACAGAUACUUAUAGCCUUUCCAACGCGGAAGUAUACAACCCGAAAACUAACCAAUGGAGUCUUAUGCAUUGUCCAAAUCGCCCUGUUUGGCGCGGCUUUGCAUUCGCAUUCAGUUCCAAACUCUACGCUGUAGGCAAUGGUUCGAGGUUCAUCGACAUAUAUGACCCGAAAACGCAGACAUGGGAAGAGUUAAACUCGGAGCAAUCAGUGUCGGUGUAUUCCUACACAGUUGUGAGGAACAAAGUGUAUUUCAUGGACAGGAACAUGCCGGGACGUCUGGGAGUAUUUGAUCCAGAGGAGAAUUCGUGGAGUUCAGUGUUUGUGCCUCCGAGAGAAGGGGGUUUCUGGGUGAGACUAGGAGUAUGGAACAAUAAGGUUCUACUGUUUUCACGGGUUUGUGGACAUGAGACCUUAAUGUACGACCUUGAUAAAGAGAAAGGUUCCAAAUGGAGAGUGUGUGAUCAGAUUAAACCAUCUGCUUCUCAAUUGGCCAGCGUUCUCAUCAACUUCUGAUCUUCUCUUUUAACUUCAUUCAUCUGACGUUUUGGAGCUGUGAGUUUUGUGUUUAGCCAAAAUGUCACCAAUUUCUCAACUUUGUGAAUGAUUCUUGUAUUUGCUGUGUAUUGCUAAUCUCCUGUACAUAUGUUUUUGCGAUGAUUUUGUAUCGCUUUGCUUUUGAGAGAUACAUUUUUUACUAUUUACAUUGCCA